GAAGGUCUUUCCUUUCUUUGAGCCUGACAUAUCAGCUUCUUCAUGCCUCACCUUUUUUAAUAUUACAAACAAUAUAAUGAUAUUUAUUAGUAUUAAAGUGAAAAAAGAACAUCAAAAUUACUCAUCUGCGCUGCGCAGAUUGUGGGAGGGAGAGAGUGGUCGUUUGGUUUGUUUGGUAUUUUCUGUUAGAGAGAAGAAGAAAAGAACAACAAAUUUACUCUCUCACUCCCUCUCUCUCGGAUCAAAACAGAACCAGAAAGAAACCACAAUCUUCUGGUUCAUUCAAAUGAUGGGAACGUUUUGGAGUUUGAGGAAGGCAUAUGGGGCUCUCAAGGACUCAACCAAGGUCGGCCUUGCCAAGGUCGACAGCGAAUUCAAGGAAUUGGAUAUUGCGAUUGUGAAAGCCACAAAUCAUGUUGAACGUCCUCCCAAGGAACGUCAUGUCCGAAAAAUCUUUUCAGCUACAUCAGUGGUACGUCCACGAGCAGAUGUCGCGUACUGCAUUCACUCACUGGCCAAGAGAUUAUCCAAGAACAAAGAUUGGAUUAAUGUUGCCUUAAAGAUAUUGAUAGUCAUUCAUAGGACAUUAGGAGAAGGUGACCCUACCUUUCGAGAGGAGCUUGUAAACUAUUCACGUAGAGGACAUAUUCUCCAAAUAUCCAAUUUUAAAGAUGACUCCAGCCCUAUGGCCUGGGAUUGCUCUGCAUGGGCUCGGACGUAUGCGCUCUUUCUAGAGGAACGACUUGAGUGUUUUAGGAUCUUAAGAUAUGACAUUAUGGCGGAGCGUUUGAUGAAAUCAUCACCCGGGGCCACUAAGGCACAUAGUAGAACGAGGCUUUUGAAUGGUGAUGAAUUAUUGGAGCAACUACCUGCAUUGCAGCAGCUUCUUUAUUGUCUUAUUGGUUGUCAGCCUGAAGGAGGAGCGUAUUGCAAUUAUCUGAUUCAGUAUGCCUUGGCCCUGGUCUUGAAAGAGAGCUUUAAAAUAUAUUGUGCAAUCAAUGAUGGAAUCAUCAAUCUUGUGGACAUGUUUUUUGAUAUGCCAAGGCAUGAUGCAGUCAAAGCUCUUACUAUAUACAAAAGAGCUGGUCUACAGGCAGAAAAUCUUGCCGACUUUUAUGAGUAUAGCAAACUCUUGGACCUUGCAAGGAGCUUUCAGUUUCCAACACUGAGACAGCCACCUCCAUCUUUCCUUGCCACAAUGGAAGAAUAUAUCAAAGAAGCACCUCAGACUGGUUCUGUUCAGAAACGACUGGAGUACAGAGAAAGGGAAGAAGAGCCACCUAAACUUGAAGAGCCUUCAGAACCUGCAGAAGAAGUUAAAGCAGUUAACGAGGAUAAUCCGGAUUCAGAGACCGAGAAAGAAGAAACUCCACAUCAAGAGGAGGUGGCAGAAUCUCCACUGAUAUCAACUGAUGACACUGGAGAUCUGCUGGGUCUGAUGAAUGAAGUGAAUCCAAAAGCUUCAGAACUAGAGGAAAGUAAUGCAUUGACUCUGGCAAUCAUUACACCUGGGAAUGAUCUUCCGUUUUCAUCAACUAGUGCGUUGAGUGAACUUGGUGCGCCAAAUGCUACCGGAUGGGAGCUAGCACUCGUAACCACACCAAGCAACAAUACUGGUCAUGUGGUAGAGAGCAAAUUGGCUGGUGGGUUCGACAAGUUAUUACUUGACAGUUUGUACGAAGACGACACUGCAAGAAAACAAAUACAACUGCAGAAUGCAGGGUAUGGAUAUGGUGGGAUGGCCAUACAAAAUCCGUUCGAGCAACAUGAUCCAUUCGCAAUGUCCAACUGCACAGCACCCCCACCAAAUGUGCAGAUGGCCUUAAUGGCUCAGCAGCAACAACAAUACCAACUGCAGCAACAACAAUUCCAACAGCAGCAAAUGAUGCUGCAACAAAAUCAAAGCAUGUCCAUGAUGGCACCUUACCAAUACCAACCUCAAUAUUCUCAACAACAUAUGCAGCAGAUGAGCUCGAAUCCGUUCCGCGAUCCGUUCCCAGCUCUCCCGCAAAACUCAAUGCCACAACAGGGAAACCAUAUGCUUCUGUAGAGUCCUUCAUUCUUCAUUUAUUUUUAUUCUUUCUUUGAUUCUUUUGAGUAGGGGGAGUUUCACUAGGUCAUUCUUUGUUCUCUCAGUAAAAUUAUAAAAUGGUAUGUCCUUCUGUAUUGAUAGAACAAAUGAUAAAU